CACCUAGUAUUCUCUGCAGUUGAGUAAAUAAACGUAUUUUUUCUAUUAUUCUUUUUGCAGGCACAGAAAUUUCCAAAGGUGAUCAUUCCUAUAAGUUCACGCUUAAAAUCCCAGAGGGGGACUGGCCAUCAGCCUUCAGUGGGUACAGCGGAAAGAUUGUUUACACCCUCGAAGCGUGGAUCUCCCGGAGCUGGCAUAUGCCUACAUAUGUGCAAAAAGAACUCAAAUUUUCUGCAAAAUACUUUCCACAGCCUGACCAAACCAUGUGUCCUCACACUGAUUCAGUUGCCAAAGGGGACGUCCAAAUGUCUGCUACUGUUGACAAGAAAUCUUGCUCUCCAGGUGAAACGCUGAUCGUAACUGCUCACAUAAGCAACAUGUCUUCUAAAAAUGUUGCUCCCAAAGUCAGCAUACAGGAGAAGAUAUGUUACCUCGCCAUCGGCAAGUCAAAAUACAGCGACCUCAGUGUGUGCAAAGUGGUCGGCAACACCAUCAUGCCAAACUCAGUGGAAAAUGUCUCCUGCCAGUUGAGGGUCCCUGAAAAGUCCUACACUGUCCACAACUGUGACAUUAUCUCCGUCCACUACUAUGUUAAGGUAUACCUGGACAUUAAGUUCACCAUCGACCCACAGGUGGCAUUUCCACUGGUCAUUGUUCCUGCUGGUGUGAUCGGUCAGACUGUUGGUCCCCACCCAGCUGGUGCGGCCGGUGGUCCAAGCUCCAAUGACUUUCCCGCCCAGGCUUUUUCCUACCCGGCACCUGUGGCGCCAGAGCCUUACGGAAACCCGGCACCAAUUCAGAUCCCAUACGGGGCCUUUAGCACCGGCCACAAUAUCGCAUACCCGCCGCAGUCGGUUCCUUCCUAUGGCUUUUCUUCUGCGGUUUUCCCGCCUGCUCUAGUGCAGCCUCAAGCACCCUAUGCUCCACCUAUGUUUCAGCAUGGGGAACAGCCUCCAUCUUACAUGGCUGUUUUCCCACCCCCCAACAGCAACAAGUAAGUUGGUGGGCUUUUAAAGGCAUCUUUUUAAAUUAUUACUUCUUUUUCCCUGCUACACCAGGCCUGGGAAAUUAUUUUGACUCAGGGGUCCCAAAUUUAGAGAAAAAAUGUGUCCGGGGUCUGGUAUAUCUGAUUUUUAGGAACACUAAUACAAAACCUCACAAUAAUGUCUGAUUGAAUGCUAAAAACGUUAUGACAGACCGCCUCAAAAAACGGAAUGGAAUUUUAAGUUUUUUUACUGACUGAGACACCCAGAAUGUACAUGAAAAUAAAGAAUGUGGGGUUUACAAUAUUAACUAUGGCCGAUAAAACACUGAAUAUUGACAACAUAAGAAUGUCAUCCUCCCUCUCCAUCGACAUAUUUACCCCACCUACAAUCUGAUACAUCUGAUAUAUCACUAAGCUUUAGAACUUUGUUGUAAAAAUCUCCUUCCGCGUCUGUCCCUGACACCCGCAUUUCAGGCUGGCCGCUCUGGAAACACUCUUUGGAAACGCUCCACACCCACACUGCUUGGUUCCUCGUCUGAACUGCUGUGAUUUAAGCGCUGUCUACAUUAAGCCGGAUAACUCUUAUUAUUAAUUGUUUAGCCUAAGCAUUGUGUCAGCCACACUAAACCAUCGUUUAAGGUUCCUCUCCUUGGAUAAUUUUUUACACGGGUAAGUGCGCCGUGUAUUUCUUGAAUCUCCGGCUCUUCGCUUUGUAUGGACUCAUUGAUCGUUUACAAACUGAGUUCGGAGAGGAAGUGACGCCAGAAAGACAGCGCCCCACACAGGAAGUGACGUCAGAAAAAACGCGCCACAGUCAGCUUCAUAACAAGCGGUUUCGUAACUCGGAGGUAACCACUGGAAAGAUGGAGACGAGUCAUCCAGACAUGGCCGUGUUUCUCCUUCCGUCUGUACAGACGCUUGGAGAAAUCACACAUGAAUACCCUAAGAGAACGCGAUUGCAGCUAUUUGGGAUACAACACAUCUCAGACGGCACGAGAACUUUCCAAUGUCCAGGUCAGCUGUGAUUCUACUUACCGAAAAACUUUGUCCAUUUGUCGAAGGAGAGACAACGAGAAUGCGGGCUCCCGUGGAUGUGAUAAAAAAAGGUAGCUUGUGCUUUGUAUUACCUGACCUACAAGAGAAGACUACGGAAAACGGCGACUGCAUUUGGACUGGCAAAGCAGACUGUAUCAGUUAUUGUCCGCCAUGUAUGUCAUGGACUCAACGUCUCGGUCCAGAGUAUAUAAAGUCAUCAAAAAUGAAUGGACAAUGAAGGUGAAGGCAAAAGAGUGAGGAGUGUCCUGACCAGAUAUCUAGAUCCCUAGAUUGA